UAGUGCGGGUGCAAGGUUCAUAGCGGUAGUGUCGUGUUGGAGAUUUUUUUGUUGUUGUGUUGCAACAUGAAGGCAUAUUGAUAGAAAAUGGACUGAAAACCGUGACUGUAAUCGCCCGUGCCACACACACACAACUUUCUCUUAUAAAUUGUGACUGUUUAUAAAUAUCGACUGUGAUAGUGACUUGGAUUUUCGAUAAUUUAAUUUAAAAAAAAACAAAAACAGCGUAAUCCGAUUUAACACUAAAAUCGAAGUAUAAAAACAAACAAACGACGGUUUCUUUCCUUUUUUGUUUUCUGAAAAGAUACCUUGACGUAAAAGUGUUUUUUUAAGUUUAAACCGAAAAGGUGGUGCUUUUUUGUGGAAAGUUGAAAAAAGUUUAUCUUUUUUUUUGGAAAUAAGAAAAAUUUAAAACGUUAAAAAGCGUUUGCCGACGGACAACAACAGACUUAUUAUAGACUCGCGGUUAACGAAUAAAAGUCGGGAUAAUAAAUUUGAUAAUAUUAAAAAAUUUUUUUUAUUAAUUUUAAUUUUUUGAAACGUACGUUUCUUUAUUUUUUCGCGUGUGAUGUGUUAAAACCAUUAACUGGCCCCUAUGAUUAUGGAGAUGCCGAACGAUUCCGCCUCUGUAGGGCGAUGGUACGAGUCCCCAAGGACCGGCACUAGCGCCAGUCCUGGUCAAGGGGGCCUCGACGGCGGCGCCGACGUCGCCGGUAGCGUCGCCGAACACAUGGGUUUCUUUUUGGAUCCAUCCGGAAGCCAAAGAGCAGCUCGGUAUUAUCACCAAAGUAUGCAUUCACCUUAUGGAAGUGUUGCUAGUCAUGCAUCAAGAAUGUCAUCGAGUCAAGUAUGCAGACCACAUUUCCACGCCCCAUUACCCUGGUUAUCCGACGGAACAAAACCCCUAACACAUUCAGGUCCUUGGGUACCAUUCGGGGGUGGCGAUCCGGAUAAAAGUCAAAGUCCAUCGGGGGCGCCACCCGCUCAAUCCCACAAUCUCUUCUCAUUUCCACCAACGCCCCCAAAAGACAGCACGCCGGAUUCGGUGGCGCCAGGUGUUGGAGGCGGCGGUGGCGGAGGUGGUGGUGCAGAGUACAGCGCGGUUGCAGCCGCAAUGGGAGCCUUUAUGCACGAGAACCAUCAAAGCUGUGCGUUGGAUGUGAAGCCAUCGCAGGCUGCGGCCGCGGCGGCGGCUGCGGCUGCUGCUGCCGCUGCGGGGGCGGCAAAGCAACGCGAAGGUAGUGACUAUGACGGCGCUUCGUCCGGCAUGUUCAAUGGUAACUUUGAAAGCUCGUAUGGGCCCGCGUACGGCCACGGUAUUCAUGCGGCGGCCGCGUAUUCGCCGCAAACGGGAAAACACCUAGCUGGACCAGGGGCGCAGUCCCCGAACAAACCUAGAAACAAGUCGAGAACUAGUGCCGAGGGUCGGGAAUGUGUCAAUUGCGGUGCGACGAGUACACCUUUAUGGAGGAGAGACGGAACCGGACAUUACCUUUGCAACGCGUGCGGUUUAUAUUAUAAAAUGAAUGGACAAAAUAGGCCGCUCAUCAAACCAAAAAGAAGACUGAGCCUGCAGAGCGCCGCGAGACGGGCAGGAACCAGCUGUGCGAACUGCAAGACCACCACAACAACACUCUGGCGGCGUAACCAAAACGGCGAACCAGUCUGUAAUGCCUGUGGACUCUACUACAAACUACAUAAUGUGAAUAGACCGCUAACGAUGAAAAAGGAGGGCAUCCAGACGAGGAACAGGAAACUCUCCUCGAAAAGCAAGAAGAAGAAAAGCGGCGGCUGUUUAUCACUCGGAGGAAUGAUGACGGACAUGAUGAAACCUUUGGAUAGCGGUAAAGGAGCUUUUGGAGGUGGUGGAUUUGGUUCGAUGGGUGGCGGCGGACAUCCUCAUCUCAACCCGGCACUUCACCCACAUCACGCCAUGAGUCAUUGGUAUCAACACGGUGGACAUCCUCAAGGAUUCGUUUCUGGACCUCCACCACCUGCGCCACCACCAACAGCAUCCUAUCAUCAUCAUAUGAGUAGUCUUAGUGCAGCAGGUUUAGGACUAGCAGCAUCAAAUGGAAUGACUGGUUGGAGAUCAGAAUAUACGUGAUGAGUUAAUCGGCAUCCCGAAGAAAACCACUUCAAGUCUUAAGUUUUAGUAUGUAAGAUUUUAAAAUAAAAAAAAAAGAAAUUUUUGUAAAUAUUCUACAAACUCUAUAAAAAAUAUAAAUAAAAA